UAGCGUGUCGGAGGCUCGGUUGGCAGCAUGGCUGCUUUCAACCAGCGCUCAGUGGAUAAUGGUGUUUUUGUCGGUCAGGGCUGACGUGACAACCAGAGAACACCUCUGUGGUGAGUCUAGUUUUUACUAGCAGCGUGUGGUUAGCUUACAUCCAGGUCAAACUGGCGGCGCGGCCAGCUCUGCCGGUGUGCUGGAGCGGGUGUAGGUGAUGCUGUCCGUGCUGUCUUACGGUCGACUGGUCGCCAGAGCCGUCAUCGGCGGACUUUCUCAGACAGACAGCCGAGACUACAGCCUGGUGACGGCGAGCUGCGGCUUCGGGAAGGACGUCCGCAGAGGAGCCCUAAAGAAAGGGAGGUGUUACGGGGACGACGCGUGCUUCGUGGCGCGGCACCGAUCAGCGGAUGUUUUGGGUGUUGCAGAUGGAGUAGGAGGUUGGAGGGACUACGGUGUGGAUCCGUCCCAGUUCUCUGGUACGCUGAUGAAGACGUGUGAGCGGCUGGUGAAGGAAGGACGCUUUGUUCCCAGCAGCCCUGUGGGAGUCCUGACAGCCAGCUACUAUGAGCUGCUGCAGAACAAGGUGCCACUACUGGGGAGCAGCACGGCCUGCAUCGUCGUUUUGGACCGGCACAGUCACCAGCUGCACACAGCCAACCUGGGAGACUCUGGCUUCCUCGUGGUCCGGGGCGGGGAGGUGGUCCACCGCUCCGACGAGCAGCAGCACUACUUCAACACACCCUUCCAGCUGUCGAUCGCUCCCCCCGAGGCUGAGGGGGCCGUCCUGAGCGACAGCCCUGACGCAGCAGACAGCUCCUCUUUCGGCGUGCAGCUGGGUGACAUCAUCCUCACCGCCACUGACGGGCUGUUUGAUAACAUGCCUGACUAUAUGAUCCUGCACGAGCUGAAGAAACUUAAGAAUGCAAACUAUGAGAGCGUUCAGCAGACGGCCCGCAGCAUCGCAGAACAAGCCCACGUACUGGCGUACGAUCCCAACUACAUGUCCCCUUUUGCACAGUACGCCUGUGAUAAUGGCCUGCAUGUACGAGGAGGAAAGCCAGAUGACAUCACAGUCCUGCUGUCCAUCGUGGCAGAAUACACAGACUAGACCUUGUGCAGCUGUGAUGGAGGACUGUUUGCCUCUGGAUGUGAUGAACUUUCAUUCCUGCUGGUCAGGAUGUAGCCCUGACGCUUCCUUCACAUCCCCAGAGUCUACCGUCCCACCCCUGAGAUGACCAGCUCCCUUUUCCUCUCACUUGCUAACCUUUGCCAAGGAUCAGCCGUCACUGGGACGUUGGAGACGAACAUCUUGUCUUAGGAGAAGUUGUCUUUUUGGGAUGCGUGGCUUAGAUGGAGAGGAAGUGGAGGCUCAGGUGUAGCCAGGUGGUGUUGAACUGACUGCAGUCUGAGUUAAAUGUUAGAGAAGGGAACCGCAGCAUUUAGGGCUCACUAAUUAAACUGCACUGUUAGUUAGAUGCUGCAGCAGAAGUUGGGAAAGCCUUUUCUGAAAGGUCUUUUGUGUUGGAGCACAUAUUGAAGAUGGUCUACGUGCCGUUCAGGUCAAGUUAAAUGUUUGAAAAAAAAAGUGUACAUGAUAUCUACACGUGGUGCAUUUCCACUGGCAGGGGCGAUUCAUUCAGAUGUCAGGAUGAAGAGUGGCAGCUGCUUUUUCUCACCAGUACAACUCGAGUCCUGCACGUUUUAUUAUGGGGGUGUUUGUAAAUGAAAAGCCUCGUGAGAUGUUUGUCAAGUGUUCUCCCUUUAAUCCUGCUGCUGCUGCUGAAGUCUUGUGGACGUGUGUGAGCUGUGAAUGACUGGUCUCCCUCGAAUGGAUCAUGUUUCAGACUUGUCCACGUCCACUGGAUGUGGCAGCCUUAAACGCACAAAGCUUUAAAAACAAAUCUGAAAAAGCUCAAUACGUUGGAAGUCGGUCAGGUGACCACAUGUAUUUUUAUAACUUUGUUCAGUGUUUGUUGAAUCCAACAUGUUCAUGUUACACACACACGUAGUUUCAGGAGUGUGUUGAUGUGUCGGCAGCUGCAGGUUUUGUCUUGAGACGCUGUCAUUGUUACACCUUUAGAUUUGCACUCUGCGUUGCUGCCACUUUUACGCACUAAAAUAAAAAUGCACUGGAGCAGCCUCUGAAGGCGCCAGGUGAGUCGCGGCGGCCAUUUUGCUCAGUGUUUUGCCCAUCUGUUGCUGCAUGUGAGCCAUACAGUACACUGUGAUGGAUGCUGUCAGUCUAACGCAAAGCAAUAAUGUGUUUUACUUUAACAUAUAUUGUGCAUGUAGUUAAAAAUGGAUAAUUAUGAAGUAUUGAGUCUCCCAUCGAAACUGGUCAAGCAUUGAGAGCACAAUACCUAACCCAUUAGCAACUCCAUGACCAGUGGUCCAAUUUAAAUUCAGUGACGUCCACAGUGUUUAUCUUCAAAUAGUCUUUAGUGACAGACCUGCUGGUUUUCUUCACCCAUGCGUUCAUUUCAGGCUGUGCCUCUGUGUGUGUGCACAGAUCACUUACUGUAAACAUUUGAAAAGCUUGCUGCGCAAAAUAAAUCUUAAAAAUUAUAGAAAAGUUACUCUGUUUAAAAGGAGUUGUCAUAAAUGCUCAAAAAGCUGCACAGCGUAAAAUUAAUUGCCAAGAAAAUUUUGUCAAGUAAAAAAAAAAAACUGUAUAUAAACUUAUUUUUACUGAAGAAAAAAAAGACUGGCCCAGAUGUUUGGGGUCCCCUGCCAUAGACCCCUUACACUAGAUCUAUAAUUGACCUCUGAGGCUGUCCUGUUGUAGCUGCUGUUCAGCUGCGUGCUGAAAUGACCAGGUGCUGUAAUCAUUAUAACCACAAAUACACUUUAGGUGCUUUAAACGUGUGUUUAGUCCAGAGCUCCAGCUGUCUCUCAAGGUUCUUUCACUUGGAUUAAUACCAUAACUUGUAGAUUGUAAUGUUUCUCCUCGUAAUUCUUGAAAUAUUCAGGCCUUUAUCGAAGAUGAUCUUCAGUAUUUAGACAAUAACUGAACCUUUGUCAUGGCUAAUGUUAAUUAGUUAUUGGCAUAAAAAAGGUUAAAGCACAGAUUUGAUUAAUGAACAGUUUGACAGCACAGAUGGACACGAAAAACAAAAGGUCACAUUUUCAAUAAUAAAGUGGCUUUACCAGUGAACUGUGAUGUCUCUGAAAUGUGGGUUCUGAUUAUUGCAACGAGUGACAAAACAUUGAGCUUCUUGGUUGAGUUGAACUUGUAAUUAGGACCUGCUGGCAGAAACAGACGGCAGCACCCAUUCUUGCUGUUAUGACGGACGUCGCUGCGUCGUCGUUCCAGUGCGUUUGUGUUUUUAGUGCUAAUACCUACACACACUUGGAAGUGUUUAUGAAGUCUGUAUUAGCCUUGUGAUGUGCCUUGUAGCAGGAGUUGUUGAUACUGGCAAACAUGUCUGCAGUUCUUUAACCUGGUGGUGUACCAGGUAACGAGCACACAACCUGAAGCUGUAAAGAAGCCACAAGAGUCAAAGCAGCAGUCCCCGUCAUUUUACUGUCCAAACACACAAUAUGACCUCCAGAUUCAAUUCUAUUAAAAUCUCGUGUUUGUUCAGGAAUAUUCAUAAAGCCAUCUCAAUCUGAGGAAAUGAUCUCUGUGCACUCGUCUCUCGGCUAAUGAAUCUUUGAGUGAUGGGGUGGAUCUGAUUCAGGCAGACUGGUGUUAAAAUGCUGAGGACAAUCUAAACCGCCUUAAAACACAAUGUUAGUUUCCACCACCGACAGAUCACAUCCUGCUUCGACUCCCACUUCCUGUUCAGCAUCUUCCAGCCGAUGUCACGGCAUGUACAUACAGACCUGAGCUGCGCGGGGAACAUUUGUACAUUUGAAUAAAGAAUAUAUUUAUUAUCA